AUGUCUCUGCCUUCUGUCAUGAUUAGGAGCAUCAGGGACAGCGCCAGUCCCCACUUCUGUCUCGUGUGGCUGUGUCAGGCUGAAAGAGCAGAUGCAUCGUUCUCUGGUCUGCAGCAGGGCGCCCUCUGCUGCCCGAAGAAGGGAGUUUUUUGCUGCAAAGAACUGAGCUCUGCGGAAGACUUGUCCAAGAAACUGCUUCUGAGGUCUGUCAAGGAGGUCCCCACCAGGGUGGUCACAGCCCCACAGACCAGCACCCAAGCAGCUCUCUGGCAUCCUACUGGGCCCAUCCCAGCGAUGCAGCCUGAAAACACUGGGCUUCACAUCAACUGCUUCCCAGACACAGACGCUCCGGCGCUUCCAGCUCUGGGAAUCCGUGUCCACCCUGCUUCCAGAACACUUCUUCGUCUGCUGGUGGACUUUGGGGACGGUUGCGGAGCUGAGAUGAGACUGUGUCCAGUGACGGGCGCAGCUGCAGUGACUAGCUGCCACCGGUACAGGAAAGAAGGAGUCUACAAGCUCAGGGCUGUUGUGCAUGACGUUCAUGGAGCUGAUAUGGAACUGGGGCCGUAUUACGUGAACAUUGGCCAUGAGAACGUGUCUGUAUUCAUGAACUCCAGCUCUAUCCACGAGUGUGAAGCCCUUUCCUUGGCUGACUCCCUCCCACAGCAGAAAGGCACAGUCGUGACGCAUGGCUUUUCUUCUGUGUCCUCAUACAACGUGUCCUUUGUUUCUCAGCCCACAGUGGGCAGCGGCCAGGCUUGGCUUGGUGUGACUGUCGGGUAUAAGAUGCAGUCUGUGUCCAUCAACACCAACGGAACUGUGUUUGCUGCAGACACAGACAUCACAUUUGUGGCUGUUACCAAGGAAACUAUACCCCUGGAAUUUGUAUGGUAUUUCGGAGAUGACCGACCCGUGAGGACAACUUCCAGAAGCCUUAGAAGAAGGCUGAGCAUCCCUCAGCGGUACCACGUGAUGGUCGAGGCCAUCAGCAGGAUCGGCAGUGUGGUCUCUGAGUCCCACCUCAUCAGCGUACAGAAGAGAAUCGCAGCCAAUCGGCUCAUGUCCCCGGCCUCAGCCCUGGUAAAUACCAACGUGUCCUUUGAGUGCAGGCUCAACUUUGGCACGGAUGUAGCCUAUCUUUGGAACUUCGGAGAUGGUACCACUGAGGUGGGCAGCAGCUCCUCCAGCCAUGUUUACAGCAGGGAGGGUGAGUUUACAGUUGAAGUCCUGGCCUUCAAUAAUAUCAGCUCCGCCGUCCUAAGGAAGCCGCUUUUCAUCGUGCACGAGCCUUGCCAACCACCUCCGGUGAAGAACAUGGGGCCUAAGAAGGUGCAGAUCUGGCGCUCUCAGCCCCUGAGACUGGCAGCGACACUGGAAGCUGCAGUGCUCUGUAACAUUUCCCAAGGGCUUUCCUACGCCUGGACCAUUGUGGAUGCUGAGGCAACUGCUGUCACCCUCCCUGCUGCCGUCAACACCCUUGGGCAGACCAUCGUGCUCCCUAGCUACACCCUGGAGUGUGGGAACUACACUGCCACGGCCAAGGUUCAGAUCAAGGGAAGUAUGGUGUAUAGCAACUACUGUGUUGGUGUGGAGGUUCGAGCCAGGGCUCCCGUCAGCGUGAUCUCUGAAGGCACCCACGUCUUCAUCCCCAGGGCCACCACGACCUCCGUCAUCCUCAGAGGCUUCCAGUCCUAUGACCCUGACAAGCCUGGGGCUGCUCUCAGGUAUCACUGGACUUGCACCGCAGCCAGCUCGCCAAGGUGGCCCUGCUUUGAGGACUCUACUCCAUACCAAGUAGACACUCAGGCUCCUGCCAUUUCCUUCCCAGCAAAAUGGCUCAGUGGGUGCUGUGACCAGUUCCUUGUGACCCUGACAGUCUCCAGCAAUGGGCAGAACUCUUCUCGGGCCUUGAUAUUCCUGUCCACCCGUUCAGACCCGGACUUCAGAUUCGUCCACAUCUCGUGGGUCAACUUUAGAGACAUCCGUGUAAACUGGAAUGAAGAACUGUCUCUCCGAGCUGUGUGUGAAGACUGUGACGAUAUACCCGACCUCACUUAUUCCUGGGAUCUCUUCCUGGUCAACGCGACAGAAAAGAAUACUGUGGAAGGAAUACGAAAGGUAUUGCAGCAACCUCAGCUCCGAGGUGGCAAUGGUCAGUCCAAACUCUCAGACAAUAUCUUUGCCUCGCAGGUAGACAUGCUUAUCAGUAUGGGGCUGCUGGGCGCUUCAGCAUCCGGGGCCAUUCUGAAGUUGUCUCAGUCAGACCUACAGUCAAGCCCGAGAGCAUCCCGGACACGACACUCACCAGAGCGGUCACCCAUGCCCCCGAGCUGGACAGCUCUUCACAACCUGGGAAGCAUUUCCUCUAAGUCCACAGCAGGUGGAUACCACAUUCCUGCAGUGGUUGGUCCCAUGGCAGGCUCCGGGGAGCCCAUGGAGGAUUCCAGCUCACUGAGUCCAGCCCCAGGUUCCCUGGAUGAGGAAGCUUUGAUGGUGAGCGCCCCAGAGGGAAGCUGGCCUUUUUCUAGCUCCUCCUCUGCCUUUGAUGACUUUGAAGCCUAUUAUAGUGACAUCCAAGAAGACGUGCCGUCCCCCGGAAGACAGCCAGGGACCGGUACCAACUUCCAGGAAUCGGGACCAAGCAUGAAUGCCGAGGAGAGUGCCAGUGAUGGGGACAACCUGCUGGGCCCUUUCCUCCACACAGGCAGAGCAAAGCCGGCUCUCAUGAUUGACUGGCCCAAGGCCCUGGUCAGCCGAGCUGUCUUCCACAGCUACACCUCCUCAGGUAUCAUGGGACCGGCUGUGACAAUAAGACCAUUCUCACUGAGCAGUGGCGAGAUGUAUGUCUUUCAGGCUUCUGUAGCUUCAAAGAAGGCCUUACUAGGCAAAGCUCAGCUCUACAUAAUGGUCAACCAGGUUCCACAGGACAUGUCCUGUCAGGUGCGACCCCACAGUGGUGUGGAGGCCCAUACUGUCUUCAGUGUCUUCUGCAUGUCAGGGAAACCGGACUUCCAUUAUGAAUUUCGCUACCAGGUAGGAAACACUUCUCCACACACCCUGUACAGCGGACGAGAUACCCAGUACUACUUCCUAUUGCCAGCUGGUGAGACCACAGACAAUUACAAAGUCAUUGUUUCUACUGAGAUCACAGAUGGCCAAGGCUCCAAGGUGCAGCCCUGCAGUGUGGAAGUGACUGUGCUACCCCGUUACCAUGGAAAUGACUGCCCUGACAAAGACCUAUACGACUCCACCCUGGACACCCUGUCUUCUCUCCAGCUGGUGGGAAGUUACACGGAAGUCAGGAACUACAUCGCCAUGACCACUGUGAUCCUGAGCCGUUUGUAUGUGGAGAGCAGAAACACAUCCACCUGUGGCCUAUGGUCACAGAUACAGGAUGUAUUGAUUUCUUCAGCAUGCAGAGUACCUUUAACGGACCAGGAAGCAAUGGUGGACUCUAUUCAUAUACUGAGAGACCUCGUAAGCUUCCCUAAUAAGUUGAGCUUUAUGAGCGCUGUGCACAUCCUUGAAUAUGCACAGAUACUCCUAGCCCAAGGUCCGUUCUCCAGGAAGUUGCUGGUCAACAAAAACCUGGGAGCUGAGCUUAUCCUUCUCAUCUCUGGAGUCUGGGAAGCUGCCAAGGAAGACGGGAGAAAGGAGGACUCUCUGCAGGAAGAAGGCAUGAAGAUCAUCUCUGACAUGUUACUAACCUGUCUCUCCUUGGGCCACCAACAUCAACUUCACAUAAGUGCUGGGAAGAUGGAGUUCUGGACCCUUCUCCAUCACAGCUUCCAGAAGUCUAGUCAGAACCUGGGCUUAAUCUGGGUCCAUUUCCCUGGUGAGCUGGCCUUGCGCCAUCCUGCUCAAGAGGCAUCCCAAAGCCCAUGCUACAUCAGCCAGCUCAUGCUCUUCAUGAAUAGCCCUUACCCAGAGGGACGAGCUCCUGGACAGGUGGGCAGCGUGGUGAGCCCUCUACUCUACAGUUGCAAGGACAGGAGCCGCAUUCUCAGAGGACGGCUGGAGACACCUGUGACCGUGGAGUUCGGGGAGGAAGACUACCUGGUAAAGACAAGACAUCCAACUGUGUUCACCUUGCUUCGGGAUGAGGUGAACCUCCACGGGUUCACUGGGCUUUCUGAAAAACCCCAGGAAACCUUACAGAUAUGCAUCAAAUUCUUGAAGCUCAGAAGAAGAGCCUUCCCCGUCAUGCUGCUAGUAAGGUUCUCCAAGAAGGCCACGCCUUCGGAUUUUCUUGUGAAGCAGGUAUACUUCUGGGAUAAGCAGACUGUGCAAAUUUAUGUACCUGCUCUUCUGUGGAAAGGAGCCGAUGUGGGGUAUUUGUCCCUGCUAGACGCUGAUUAUGACAGGAGACCUCCAAACAAAUACCUUGCUGGGGCAGUAAACUACACAGUGCAUUUCCAGUGGAUCCAGUGUGUGUUUUGGGACAAGACAGAGUGGAGAUCCGAAGGUCCCUGUCCUCAGCCCGGAACUUCUCCUGAGAGAGUCAACUGUAGCUACCAUCGCCUGGCGCCUUUCUCUGUCCUCAGAAGAAAGCUGAAUGCCACUUUCGAAGUGAGCAGCAUUUCUGAGUUCCGGAGCGACCCACAUAAUUUGCUGCCCGGGAUUUUCAGUGUGUUUCUCUUGGUUCUUUAUGGAAUCCUGGUGACUAAAAGCAGAUGUAUACGUUGUCACAAGAAAAGGAAACCUGGCUGUAUUUUUCUGGAAGGAGACACCACACCUGGCCACCAGCUGUAUGCAGUCAUUGUUGACACUGGCUUCCGGUCACCAGCCCAAUUUACAUCAAAGGUUUUCAUUGUUUUAUAUGGUGAAAAUGGACUCUCAGAGACCAAAGAACUCUGCUGCCCAGAGAUGUCCUUAUUUGGAAGGAAUUCCAGGCACACCUUUAUACUGAGCACCCCUAACCAGCUGGGUCCACUCCAGAAAAUCCACCUGUGGCACGACAGUAGUGGACCGGCCCCAAACUGGUUCGUCAGUCACGUGAUGGUGAAGGAACUACACUCAGGCCAAGGCUGGUUCUUCUCUGCUCAGUGCUGGCUGGCUGUGAGCCUAUGUGAUGGCCAUGUGCAGAGAGAGCUCUUCUGCCUGCGCCGUGGUCUUGGCUUCUGGAAGCUUUUCUAUGCCAAGUUCACAGAGUACCUGGAGGAUUUCCACAUUUGGCUCUCACUGUACAGCCAGCCCCCUUCCAGCAGCUACCUGUACACACAGCGGGUUGCCGUGGCCUUCUGUCUCCUGUGUGUCUAUUCGUACCUCACUGCCCUGGUCACUGUGGGAGCCCAUGAACAGCACCCGCUGGAUGUGGGUCCCACUCUGGAAUCCUUCCGCCUGGGUCUCCUGUGCACCUUUCUGGCCUGUCCAGCUGCCCAGCUGUUGUCGCUGCUCUUCAGGUUCAGCAAGGAAGCCACAGAGCAUCUUCGGGGUGCACCACAGUGGUCUUUAAGAGGAGUGAAGACAGAGGUACCUCAGGCUCCCAGCAGUGGUUUUGAAGGGCGUGUGCCCCAGUGGUCAAGGGUCUGUCUGCGCUGGUCAAGCUCUGUGGUCUGGGCCAUUUGUGGGUUGGCUUCCCUGGCCUGUGGCUUGGGGACAGGAUUCCUAGGCUACAGGUUUGUGACAGAGCAGUGCAUACAGUGGCUGCACCUGUUGCUUCUCUCUGUGGUCUGCUGCGUAUUUGUCACCCAGCCACUCAUGAUCUGUUUGGCAGCGCUCGUCUUUGCUUGGAAAAAGAAACAUGACAGCCAGUUUUUUACUGAGUCUUUACAUGAUGCAACCAAGGAUCUAGAUUUGGAAUUGGAAGAAUACUCCAGAACCCACCUUCGUCUUUCUCCCAACUCCCACAGUCCUGACACUGUUGAGGAGGCCGAGAGGGUCUUGGCUGCGCGACAACGAGACCGCCACCUGCGCUGGGCUCAGCCACCAUCCAGGGCCAAGUUCAGAGAGAUCAGGGAGAGACUGAGGAAAGAGAACUGGAUGCAGGCAGCAUUGAGAGGCAUUUCCACGCACAGUCUCAUGCUGCUGCUGCUUUUGUUUAUAACAUAUGGGAGAGUCUGUCCGGGUGAAUAUUGUCUCAACCAAGCCAUCAGGAAGGCAUUUACAAGAAAUGACAGACACUCCUUUGGGGACCUGAACAGCACAGACGACUGGUGGGACUGGACUCUGAGCAUGUUGCUGGAUGGGCUGCACCCAGAAGGACCCUCUGUUGGAGUCCGGGGGGCUCAGCCUGGAGCUCUCGGAGGGCAGUGCCAUCUCAUAGGCCCUGCAGUGAUCAGGCAGCUCAUGGUUUCUUCUGGUACUGCAUGCGCGCCUCCCAGGCCAGUCUCAGAGCCAGCGGAAGAUGCACCACCUACACUGAGUCGCAACCUUGACCUUGAGAACCUAAAAGUGACCCCUAGUGGUCCUGAGGCCUGUGGGGCGAUGAAGAGGAUCUCCGUGUACAGCCUAGGAAGAACAAGGCACGAAGUCCACAUAGCCCUGACUGCCCUCAGGACCAGCAGGUGGAUUGACCACAGCACCAGGGCCGUGUCUGUGCACUUCACUCUCUACAACCCUCCCACGCGACUCUUCACCAGUGUGACCCUAGGUGCAGAGCUUCUCCCCACGGGAGGUCUUGUCCCCUCAUCCCUGGUUGAGUCAAUCAGCAUCUAUGGUGACUCAGCUCCACGCUACCUUCUUAUGCUUUCUGAGCUGGCGUUUCUGGUCCUCAACGUGACCUACUUCUGUUUCCAGCUCUGGGGAAUGACCACCAAGGGCGUCCUCAGCUACUGGAGGAAACCAAGACACUGGCUGGAGCUCUUUACGGUUGGGGUAGCCCUGGCCUACCAUGCAGCCUCUGGCCACCUCACUACCCUUGCCAAGAAUGUCACUGACCAGUUCCACAAAGGACUUCACAAGAUGUUCGUGGACCUAAGUCUGGUGGUGUCAUGGAAUCAGAGGGUAAGAUGGCUCCGGGGAAGCCUGCUGUUCCUCUGGAUGUUGAAAUGUGCUCAUCUCCUCGGCCUCCUAAGCAGCAGGGCAGCCUUCUCUGCAAUGAUGCGUUCGUCUCUCUCCAGAGCCCUGGCACCCGCCCUGUUAGGGGCCCUGUCGCUGGCUGCCUAUUCCCACUUGUGCCGGUUUCUGCUCUUCACCGGGACGCCACCACCCGACACCUCUACAGAUGCAUUUCCUGAGCUGCUGCUUCAGUUUCUGGGAAGAAACCAAAAGGACUCACUGCGCAAUCACUUGGAGUCUGGGCGUCGAGCCGUGGCUUGUUACUGCGGGGCCCUGUUUCUGCUGGUGGCCGCUCUAUGUUUCGGAAUGACACCAGCCCACACUCCAGCUGAGGUGGUGUGCCCUGCACAGAAACACCUCCGUGAGAUGACAGCAGUGUGCUUCAGACUGAGGGCUUCCUUCCUGACUUUUUUCCGAAAAAGAAAGUCUUCUCAAAGAAAAUCUCAUGUGACACUUACAAAUGUCGCUGUUUAUGCAUGGCAUAAAGUCCUCGCCAUUCUGGGACUGGAAACAACUCUGGAGGAGACCGAGGUGGCUACGGAUCAGAAUUAUUACCUGGAUGAAUUUUCAAGCCUAUUGGAUGAACUUCUGCUAAAGAUUGAUGGUUUGUCUGACAGCCUAGAACUCUCUAGCCUAGAAAACCAGUGGAGGAGGACAGUGGAGUCAGGGACAGAGGACAGUCCUCUCGUUGGCAUUCCAGGGUCCCAUGCUACUGUGUUCAGCAGCAAAAUUCGCAUGUACUCAGCAAAGCCGAAGGGUGGGAAUGGUCAACAUGAGGCACAACUGAGCGGAGCCAACAGCAAGACAAAGUCGUUCCUUAGAGGCGACCUUGUAAGCUGUCAGCUGUCCUACCGCGAAAACUGCUUAGAUGUGAUUGACGACUAUUGGGUGUAUCAGGAGUGCAAGAAACGUAAAACUCAGCCAUCGAUGCUGAAGCUGAGAGCCUUCCUAGAUAAGAAUUCUCAGCUUCCACACUGUGUCUGCUGCGGUGGCUGCACAGGGAGAAACAUUCUGCAGCUCCUGAUUUAUCCCCCUCCUGGCACGCAAGCGCCAGCGAAGUUGAAAUAUUGCUCUGUCUCCUCUGUGGAUACCAAAGUGGCUGUUCACUCUACUGUUUCUGAAGCAAACAGUGCCAGCCCUGCUUAUGACUGCUACAUCACUGCCAUCACCGCCAUCACCGCCAUCGCUGCCAUGUUGCCUCUGCUCCCCCUGCUUCCCUCUUCAUGUUACCAGUUUAGCCCACUCUAUUAA